AUGCCUAAACGAAAGAGGUUGUUUACGCCGCUGAAAAACAGGGUAAAGCAUAACCACAGUCGAGAUAGCAGCGAUGUUAGAGAAGUGACAACUGCUCGAGGAAGGCUUAAAGGAGCUUUGAUGGAUGUCCUGGACCCUACAGGGGAAGACUCAGAUUCGUCGUAUGAACAAAGUCCAGUCAAAUAUGACAGCCACGAUCAAGCAUCAGACGAUGACGACAGAAUUAGAUCAAGAAGAAGGUCACCGCAGAGACAGUCCUAUGUGUUAAAGUUAUUCGACAGAAGUGUUGAUCUGUCACAGUUCUCAGAGAGCUCACCACUAUACCCCAUAUGCAGAGCAUGGAUUGCUAACCAACCAAAAGCUAACUACAGUGAUUUCGGUAAAGAAGAGGCAGAACCGGAGAAUGCAGAGAGUGUAGAGCUUCCUGGUCCAGAUGGUUCCCCGGUCUCCAAAAUACCCGCGCUGCUGCCAGAACAGCUUAAAGCCAACAAAAAUAAUAUUAAUUUAAACUAUCGUGAAGCUCCACCGCCAAGUCGGGAACAGUUGUUGGCGUCGCACUCGGUGCGGUGGGUGGCGGUGCGGCAGGCCUGGCUCGAGCAAGCCGCGAGGGCCGAGGCCCGCUACAGUGCUGCACAACAGCUGCUCAAUAAGAUAAAUGUGAAUGCCAUCUGA